UCGGGGCGGGGUUAUGACCACCCCCUUUCCCACACUGCCCCGCGACCGGAAGUGGGAUCUUGAUUUCCGGAAUCUCCUUCCCGGCCCGCCACUCGGGGGAGUUUUGUGGUGGUGGUGGAGGUGUAGUGUCUUUGCUUGUGAUGGCUGCUGCUGUGGCUAUGGAGACAGAUGAUGCUGGAAAUCGACUUCGGUUUCAGUUGGAGUUGGAAUUUGUUCAGUGUUUAGCCAACCCAAAUUACCUUAAUUUUCUUGCCCAAAGAGGUUACUUCAAAGACAAAGCUUUUGUUAAUUAUCUUAAGUACUUGCUUUACUGGAAAGAACCAGAAUAUGCCAAGUAUCUAAAGUACCCUCAGUGUUUACAUAUGUUAGAACUGCUCCAAUAUGAACAUUUCCGAAAGGAGCUGGUGAAUGCCCAGUGUGCGAAAUUCAUUGAUGAACAGCAGAUUCUACACUGGCAGCACUAUUCCCGGAAGCGGAUGCGUCUUCAGCAAGCCCUGGCAGAGCAGCAGCAGCAAAAUAACACAUCAGGAAAAUGAACAGCUGCAAACAGCCCAGGGUCUUAAGACAUGUAUAUAAUGCAUCUCAUUGUACAGCGAAGACAUAAGACUCCUCUUUCUGCCUACCUUUAUUGUGGUAGCACCUGGAACUUAUAUUGUGCUUUUCAACCCAACUUUUUAUUGUUAGUAGAUUGUUAAACCAGAAUUGUUCUACUCUGAUUACCCUGUGAAUUUGUAAAUUUUUAAAUAGCAUUUAACAAUCAGCUGGAAAGAAUGAACUCCUUAGGUGCUGUUAAAGGUGCUGCUGGGAAUGGGAGAAGGAAGGGCAACAAAGUAUACAGAGCUCUUAAGCCUAGUUGUCUUUGGUACAUAACAGUGCCUUGGGCAGGCCCAUCUGUUGGAACUUAACUGUCUCUCACAUCAGCAGUCCGUAUGUCUUACCUACAGAAUAAAGGGAUUGGAGUCAAAGAUCUCGUAAGUCAGAGCAGGAACUACAGUAUAUAAAGCUUAUAUUCUGCAAGAGAAGAUAUACUUGUGUUAUACCUGCCUUGCAAAACAGCUUUAAGAAAGGAUCAUUGGUAUGUCACUGAUCUAAUGAUGGAGAACUCAGUGGUAAACUGCUAAUUGCCUUUGACCUUAAAUUAAAACAGAUAAGGCCAAAUGCUUCUGCUUAUUAGGGAAAGUUAACAUUUAUUUGCCAGUACCAAAAGUGGGUGCUACAUUAAAUGCUUCCAUGCGUUCUUUUUUUCCCUCACAGUUAUCCUUCUUUGUAAAGGAAAAAACUGAGGAUUAGACAGUUUAGGUAACUGGCUUAUAGUUACACAUCUAGUAAGUGGCAGGAUCAUUGUGUCUGACUCACAAAGUUGAGGUUCUAUCUCCAGUCCCCCCCACUCAUCACAAAUGAAGCACAUUCAGACAGCUGUAAAAUCUGCCUGGUUUAAGCAUACAUUAAGUAUGCUAUAUUUUCCCUCAUAGCUUGGUGGUUCUACAUUCCAAAGACAAGGAUCAGUUGCUUUGCAAAUUCAGGAAAAUUAAGGUAAAAGAUCUUUACUCUCUCAGAGAUGCGGUAUAGGCUAUCCAAGCAUUAUUGGGAGCUUUUAGUUGGCACCUGCAAUCUGUCCCUCUGAAUUAUUAUUGCCACUGCUGAAAAUUUAUUUUACUCUUAUCUUUGAGAUACCAUGAUACAAGCCAGAUGAAGAUUCGUAUUUAGAAUCGCAUUCUUUAUUGCUUAGACAUACUGAUUUUAACACAAUUUAUUGCCAUCAUGAAUUCAAAGCAAGUACACAAUUUCUUUUAUACUAGAGCAAACCAGAAAAUCAGGACACAGCUGCCAACAUCAAAUCUUAAUCUUCAGAAAACAACAUUUCCACAAGAUUUUCUUGAAGACACUCAGAUUCUACCAGUUUUUGAGGCUGUAAGAAAAAAACAGUCAACCACUGCUAUGAAGUGUUAUCAGAGCGAGUGAGUUCUGUUUUGAUGACACUACCUUAGAACACAGAAAGUUUGCCAUUUAGAAACUAUCAACUAGUUACAACAAGUUUUAUGAAACAGUUAUUUGCCCCAGGAUGAAUCAUUAAAAUACUUGGCUCAAAGGCCUCACACCCCAAAUACCAGAAGCAAAACAGGAGACAACGAGCCCAGUGUCAUCCCUUUUCUUUCAGCUCUUUAGUAUUCCCAAGGCAUGGCUGAAACAGAGGAGAUGGCAGUGCACCCUGAAUAAUGGUUUAAGUAGAAAACUACUUAAGCACGUGCUUUAAGGAACUUUCUGGCUGUAAAGUUGUUUAAGUGGCUUAAAAACAUAGACAAGACAUUGUUUAUUUGCAUUUUACUAUUCAACGGACAGCCAAGUUACAUUUGUUAAUGCACUGUGGAAGGCAAUGUGAUGCUUCAUACUUUUCAGAUAGGACUCUAGACAAGUUAAAAGGUUUCACAGUGAAGGAAAGCCCCACAUAAAGAUACUCACAGUUCCGUAUUUCAGUAGUGUAGGUACUGCAGUGAUUUUCAGUUUUUUUCUGAAAUCGUUAUUUGGAUCUUUCCAACUAUUCCAAAAAGAAAAAGUGAUCAAUAAAAUUUUUGGUUUA